CGCUCUGUCUCUCGUGCACCCUCCCUCUCAUUCCACUUCUGACUCGGACGGACUCGGGGAAAGGAAAUUAGUGUAAUUAAAUGGCUAUGUAGGAAACUGUCGCUCUGAUCAUGGGGGAUGUAAAACUGGUGACAUCAGCUCGAAUCUCCAAAACCUCCCUGACUCUGGAGCCCUCGCCCCUCAGCCCCUCUGUCCCUACAGAAGCUCCUGCGUUCACUCUGCCUCCCAGAAACAUCCGGGUGCAGCUGGGCAGCACAGCCAGGUUUGAAGGGAAGGUCAGAGGCUAUCCAGAACCUCAGAUCACGUGGUACAGAAAUGGGCACCCUGUCCCAGAGGGAGAGCACUAUGUAGUGGACCUCAGCAUCCGAGGGAUUUUCAGUUUAGUAAUCAAAGGUGUGCAAGAAGGGGACAGUGGUAAAUACACGUGUGAAGCUGCAAAUGAUGGAGGGGUUCGGCAAGUGACCGUGGAGCUAACAGUAGAAGGAAGCUGCUUGAAGAGAUACAGCCUGCCAUCCAGUGCAAAAACCCCAGGGGGCCGCUUUUCUGUUCCAGCUGUGGAGAACAGGCCAAGCAUCUGGGGAGAGAGUCCACCGAAGUUUGCUACAAAACCCACUAGAGUCAUUGUCCGCGAAGGCCAAACAGGGAAGUUCUCCUGUAAAAUAACAGGACGUCCACAGCCUCAAGUAACUUGGUUUAAGGGUGAUAUUCAGUUGCAACAGAAUGAUCAUUUCAACAUGUUUGAGAAAGCAGGCAUCCAGGUUUUGGAAAUCCAGAAUGCGCAGCUGGCCGAUACCGGAGUUUACACAUGUACAGUGAUGAAUAGUGCUGGGAAGGCAUCUGUAUCCACAGAGCUCACAGUUCAAGGUUCAGACAAGACAGAGGUGCAUGUUCACUCAUCACGCCCCCCAUCAAAAUCAACAACCCUUACAGCUAAAGGUGUUGAAAAUUCAGAUUUCACACGGACGACCAGCAAUGGGUUUGCAAAAGAACUGAAAUCCAGUAGCACUGAGCUCACAGUUGAAACCAAAGAGAAGACCACAAUGAAGAAAGAGGCCUGCUAUACCUUCUCCAAAGACGCCAAGGACUAUAGACAAGGGCAGCUUAGAGAAGCCAGCAUGCAGCCUCCUCAGGAACCCAAAGAAGAAAUAAGGGGCUCUCAGGUCCUACAGAAAACUUCAAGUACCAUAACCCUGCAAGCCAUUAAAAUGCAACCAGAACCAAAAGUAGAGACCAGGUCCACUGUCACUGGACAGACUGAAGAAAGAAAAAGAGCCACACAACCUCAUAUGACAACUCGACAAUCUGUUCCUCUCGCUGGCCAAGCCAACCCAAGAAGUCGGUAUGCAGAACACAGAGUGGGGACCCAGAAGAGCAUAACGGAGGAUAGACAGGAGCCUCAGGGGAUCCUGCCACGGUUUGAGAUCUGUCCACAAAGCCAGGAGGCACUAGAAGGCCAGGAGGUCAAGUUCAAAAGCAAAGUUUCAGGGAAACCAAAACCAGAUGUGGAAUGGUUCAAAGCAGGAGCCCCACUGAAAGCAAGAGACAGUGUCCAGAUCUAUGAAGAGGAUGGAAUUCAUUGCUUAUGCUUGAUGAAAGCCAGCUUGGGAGAUAGUGGGUCCUAUAGUUGUGCAGCUUUCAACCCCCAGGGCCGGACUUCAACCAGCUGGGCUCUGAGCGUAAAAAGGCCUAAAGUUGAAGAGGUCACCCCGUGUUUUUCCAGCAUCUUGAAAGGAUGCACAGUGAGCGAAGGACAGGAUUUCGUGCUGCAGUGCUCUGUGGAAGGGAUCCCCAUGCCUCAGAUCACGUGGCUUCUCAAUGACCAACCAAUCCAGUACGCCCAUUCCACUUUCGAAGAGGGGGUUGCAAAACUGACCAUCCAAGAUGCCUUACCAGAAGAUGAUGGUAUUUAUACCUGUCUGGCAGAAAACAGUGCAGGACGGGCAUCCUGUAGUGCUCAAGUCACUGUCAAAGAAAAAAAAAGCAGCUCAAAAGCGGAGGGCACACAGGCCAUCCAGCCUAACAAGAACUUUGCACCAGUCUUCCUGAAAGGUCUGACUGACCUCAAGGUAAUGGAUGGAAGUCAAGUCAUAAUGACCGUGGAAGUAUCAGCAAACCCCCCACCUGAAAUUAUCUGGCUGCACAAUGGGAAAGAAAUCCAGGAGACAGAAGAUUUUCACUUUGAGAAGAAAGGCAAUGAGUACAGCCUGUACAUCCAGGAGGUAUUUCCUGAGGACACAGGCAAAUAUACCUGUGAAGCCUGGAAUGACUUAGGAGAAACACAGACUCAUGCAACUUUGACUGUCCAAGAACCUCAGGAUGGUAUUCAACCCUGGUUCAUCAGCAAACCCAGAUCAGUGACAGCAGCUCCAGGACAAAAUGUCCUCAUCUCCUGUGCCAUUGCUGGAGACCCAUUCCCCACAGUUCACUGGUUUAAAAAUGGACAGGAAAUAAAGGCCGGGACAGGAUGUGAGAUGCUGCAAAAUGAAGAUAUCUUCACCCUGGUUUUGAGGAAUGUGCAGCCCCGUCAUGCUGGGCAGUAUGAAAUCCAUCUCAGAAACCAAGUUGGAGAAUGCAGCUGCCAGGUGUCUCUGAUGCUGAGAGAAAGUUCAGUUUCCAAAGGAGAAAUGCACAGAGAUGGGAGGGAGCCAGCUAGCUCUGGAGAGCGAAGGGAUGGUGGUGACCGUGGUGCACUAACGUUUGGGAAAGCCAGCUGCCUUGAAAGGAGCAGUGGGGAAACCAGAGCAGCUGAGGAAGAGUGGGAAGACGUGCGAGGGGUGCUAAAAAGACGAGUGGAAACCCGGGAGCACACAGAGGAGAACCUGAGGCAGCAGGAAGCAGAGCAACUUGAUUUCCGUGACAUUCUGGGAAAGAAAGUCAGCACCAAAAGUUUUUCCGAGGAGGAUCUGAAAGAAAUCCCAGCCGAACAAAUGGACUUCCGUGCGAACCUGCAGCGGCAGGUCAAACCCAAGACCUUGUCAGAGGAGGAAAGGAAAGUUCACAGUCCUCAGCAGGUGGACUUUCGUGCAGUGCUUGCCAAGAAGGGCACCCCCAAAGCCCCUGUGCCGGAGAAAGCAUCAGCCCCCAAACCAGCCACCCCAGAUUUCAGAUCUGUACUCGCCUCCAAGAAGAAGCCACCGGCUGAGAAUGGCAGCACCGACAUCCAAGCCCAGAAUGCCCGCACCAAUUCUGAGGUGCCAGACGCCAUCACCGAGGCUGAAACCCAGCCUAGUAAACCAGUAGUCAAAGAAGAGGAGAAUGACAGGAACUGUGAGCAUGGGUGCUCAGUGGUAGAUGGUGGGAUAAUUGAGCCAGAGGUUGAGAGUAAAGGAAUAGCUCCAUCAUUUACGGAGAAGCUGCAGGAUACUCAUGUAAUAGAAGGUGAAAAAUUAAUGUUACAAUGUCGGAUUUCGUCUGACCCUGCUGCAUCUGUCACCUGGACAUUGGAUGACAAAGCCAUCAAACCCUCAAAGUUCAUUGUCAUCUCUCAAGAAGAGUCCCUGUGUUCACUCACCAUUGAGAAGGCAUUGCCCGAAGACGAAGGCCAAUACAAAUGCAUCGCCGAGAAUGCAGCUGGAAGAGUUGAAUGUGUUUGCAGUGUGUUGGUGGAUGAGCCUUCACCUACAAAGACCCCAAAGCCAACUGAGAAGAAGACAAAAAAGCCAAAGAGCUCACUUCCCCUUGUAUUGGCAACAGAGAGUGAAGCAACAGUAAAGAAGAAACCAGCUCCAAAGACCCCCCCGAAGGCAGUUCUUCCCCCCCAGAUCACUCAGUUCCCAGAAGACAGGAAAGUCCGUGCUGGGGAAUCCGUGGAACUGUUCUGCAAAGUCGUAGGAACUGCCCCCAUAACCUGCACCUGGAUGAAAUUCCGCAAACAGAUUCAAGAAAAUGAGUACAUCAAAAUUGAGAAUGCUGAAAACAGCAGCAAGCUAACAAUCUCCUCAACAAAGCAAGAGCACUGUGGGUGCUACACGCUAGUGGUAGAGAACAAAGUAGGCAGCAGACAAGCGCAAGUCAACCUCACCGUUGUCGACAAGCCAGAUCCCCCAGCUGGAACGCCCUGCGCAUCAGACAUACGAAGUUCUUCUCUCACGCUCUCCUGGUAUGGCUCCUCUUACGACGGCGGAAGUGCUGUGCAGUCCUACACAGUGGAAGUUUGGAACUCAGCGGACAACCAAUGGACAGACCUCACUACUUGCCGUAGCACCUCGUACAAUGUACAAGACCUGCUGGCUGAUAGGGAAUACAAAUUCCGUGUGCGAGCCGCUAAUGUGUACGGCAUCAGUGAGCCCAGCCAAGAGUCGGAACUGGUAAAAGUAGGAGAGAAACCAGAAGAACCUAAAGAUGAAGCCGAGCUGUCUGAUGAUGAAGGGAAGGAAGUAGAGGUUGACUAUCGGACUGUUAGCAUCAAUACAGAACAGAAAGUUUCAGAAUUCUACAAUAUUGAAGAACGAUUGGGAUCGGGAAAAUUUGGACAAGUCUUCAAACUUGUUGAGAAGAAAACUGGAAAAGUUUGGGCCGGAAAGUUUUUUAAAGCAUAUUCAGCUAAAGAUAAGGAAAAUAUAAGGCAAGAAAUCAGCAUCAUGAACUGUCUACAUCACCCAAAACUUGUCCAGUGUGUAGACGCCUUUGAAGAAAAAGCCAACAUUGUCAUGGUCCUGGAAAUUGUUUCUGGGGGAGAACUCUUUGAACGAAUCAUUGAUGAAGACUUUGAGCUGACAGAGAGAGAGUGCAUUAAAUACAUGAAGCAGAUUUCAGAAGGAGUUCAGUACAUCCAUAAACAGGGCAUUGUCCACUUGGACUUGAAGCCAGAAAACAUCAUGUGUGUCAACAAGACUGGUACAAGUAUCAAGCUCAUUGACUUUGGACUUGCAAGACGAUUAGAAACUGCUGGUUCCCUCAAAGUUCUCUUUGGGACACCUGAAUUUGUGGCUCCAGAAGUUAUAAACUAUGAACCUAUUGGAUAUGCAACGGAUAUGUGGAGUAUAGGAGUUAUCUGCUAUAUCCUGGUCAGUGGACUUUCCCCUUUCAUGGGAGACAAUGACAAUGAAACCUUAGCCAACGUUACCUCAGCCACGUGGGACUUUGAUGAUGAAGCUUUUGAUGAAAUCUCCGAUGAUGCCAAGGACUUUAUCAGCAGUCUACUAAAGAAGGAUAUGAAGACUCGUUUAGAUUGUACUCAGUGCCUUCAGCAUCCUUGGCUGCAAAAAGACACCAACACCAUGGAAGCCAAAAAACUUUCCAAAGACAGGAUGAAGAAAUAUAUGGCCAGAAGAAAAUGGCAGAAAACAGGCCAUGCUGUCCGAGCAAUAGGAAGACUGUCAUCCAUGGCCAUGAUCUCUGGCCUGAGUGGAAGGAAGGCCUCUGUGAAUUCACCUACCAGUCCCAUAAACACAGAAAAGAUAGAAAAUGAAGAUUUCCUUGAAGAAGUGGUAGAGGAAAAGCCCCAUGUAAAGCCAUAUUUUACUAAAACCAUCCUUGAUAUAGAAGUUGUGGAAGGAAGUGCUGCUAGAUUUGACUGCAAAAUUGAAGGCUACCCUGACCCUGAGGUGAUCUGGUACAAAGAUGACCAGUCCAUUAAGGAGUCUCGUCACUUCCAGAUAGAUUACGACGAGGACGGGAACUGUUCUUUGACUAUUUCUGAAGUUUGUGGGGACGAUGACGCCAAAUACACCUGCAAAGCUGUUAAUAGCCUUGGGGAAGCAACUUGCACCGCAGAUCUCCUUGUGGAAACAAUGGGAAAAGAAGGGGAGGAGGAAGAGGAGGAGGAGGAAUGAAACAACUCAACAAAAGAGACAAUUGAAAAAACACAUUACAAAGACUUUAUCUCCAAGGCUCAGAAAACCAAGUUAUUAAAAGCACCUAGAGUGAUGCUUAGGUCACCGGGGGAGGGUUGUUUCUUCAGCAUGAUCAGUUGAUACCUGUUUGUUUUAUUUAUGGGCAUUAGUUGGAAUCGGCAGGCACUUUAAGUUGCUGUUGGGAUUGGAUUUAGUUUAAAUCAGUGAAGUUGCCCAGCCUGAUUUUAUACUGAAACAAUCAUAUGGAAAGCAAAUCCUUAAUUAUGCCCUGGAUUCAUAAAACCUGCAUUUAGCGAGAUUGUUUGGUUUACACGAUCACUUCCAUCAGCUAAUACCAUAGCUGUGAUGGCUCCCCAAGAUCUGCAUUUACCAUUGGGCUAGAUAUCUUCUGUCAAACACACAGUCGACCGGUUUGGUCCGAUGGCCAUAGACUUCUCCCACAGUGAAGUCAUUCCUUCACGUAACUGCGAGUGAAGGUGAUACUGUAGUUAGCAUUGCAAUUUGCACGUUGGGAUGAAAUGAAACAAUUUGGGUCUUUCCUUCUGUUUCAUUCAUCUUUAAUAGUGGGUUUUUGUGUCUUACCUUUAAGCAUACAUUAAUUUUCUCUUCCAGUUUGCUGUUAAUCAUAGUAAUACUGCUUAUCCUAGAUCUCCAGGAGCUUCUCUGAGAGAAUAUUUCUUUCCUUCCUUUUAACCAAGCAGUUCUAACUUGUCAUCUUUCCUUUAAGGUAUCUGUCACCUUGGUGAAGUCACAGGGGUGUGCCUUAGGGAACAGAUUGAAAAUAUAUAGCACCACAAAACUUCCUAUUGUGCUUGUCAGUUUAAUAAAGAUUCAUGGUUCAUAUGUUUGCUGCUGUGAAAUAUAGGUUAUUACACAUCCAGUGACUUGUGUGUCUAUGUGUGCAGAAAGCCAGCUUAGUUAAAAAUGUCCUUUUACUUUAUUUAUGUGGCCGUUACGGAACAGAUUUCAACUGAUGAUCAGCUGGAAACUACCAGAGGUGUUAAAAUAGUCAAGAAAAAAAAAGAGUCUGGAUGGUAAACUCCUUUAUACCAAGCAAUUUCCAAAGAAUCGUGUGUGCCCUAAGAGCCCGACAGUCUACUGUCUGUGUUAAAGCUGUAUCAGGAAGGCUGCUGCCUGUUGGGGGAAAAAAAAGCAAAAAAACCAAACAAAAAAAUCUAAAAAACCUGAUCUCUUCUCAGAGGCAGUUAAUGCACUCAGACGUAGUAACUUUGCUUUCCUUUCACAAUAAUGGCACUUUUUAAUUUUUGUUGCUCAUGGGUAAUAUCAGAGGCCAUAAGCUGAUAUGCAUAAUCCAGUGACAAUACAAUUUCAGUAGCUAUGCAUCAUUCCAAAUGUGGUUAUUUUCUUUUUCCACUUAGCGUGUGUUUUUGAAGUGCAAAGAUUUUAAAGGGUACCUUAAAAAAAGAUUAACUUAGAGCCUCAGAAUAAAGUAUCAAGUUACUUUAAUGCAGAUGUCUACAAUAUCAACUUUAGGAUGUUUGAUAUUACCUAGUUUUAUGUGUUUUGUAUUAUCUGCUCUUCUAUGUGUUUUUAAAAUAACAAUUCAAACUCCGCUAAUGUGGAUCACACAAUGGUUUUUAUAACUGCUUUGCUCUCUGUUGCUAGGUUAAUAUUGCCAGCAUGUCUUCUCUUUUUAAAUCGAUAAAGAACUCUUGUUAUACUAAACACCGUAUUGCCACAACUUCUUAUAAGGAAAAGAUUUUUCAUCUGAUUUAGAGCAUAAGAGCUUUUCUCACAAGUUUUAAAUAUGUGUUUAGGUAACAACGGGGUGUAUUUUGUACCUUAAUAAAAAUAUGCCAAUGUUUUCCCAGUUUGUUGAACUAUCAGAAUUGUGAAAAAUGAGAACACUACAGCUGUAGUUUACUCACGAUUUCUAAAUAAAUAAUACCACAGA